AUGGAUGUACAAGGGGAAGUGACGUUGUUAUAUUUUAAGGACCUAUACCCGGACUGCGAGGAAAUGCACUCACUGAUAUUAGGGAUCAUCACGCCCAUACAGGCGGCCCUAGUCACCGUCGCCAACCUAUUCAUCGUGAUUCUGUUCACCAAGCCGCAUAUCCGGUCGCGGACAACGUGCAUCCUUACGCUCAUCGCGCUUGCUGACGUGUUGUCCAUCCUGUCGCCGACAUCCAUCUACAUCUGGCUGUUCACCUUCGAUAGCGGCUAUCUGCGACCAGUCCCCUAUCGCUUCUGCAUCUGGACGGUUGCGUUUGUGAAUAUAUUUCAUGAUAUGUUUAACGCAAUGUCCCUGUGGUUCACUGUUCUGUUGGCGUUAAUGAGGCGGAAGUGUUUACAGUCUCCGUUUACUGCCAAGUGUACACACCGAUAUCGUCACGCAAUUGGCUAUAUUACAGGAGUAGUGUGUUUAGUUCUUGCAGUUCACAUACCUUCGUUUUUCAUUUUCGAAAUCGUUCCUUUGAACAGAACGUACGUAGAUUCUAACGUAACGGACGUCAUGUGUGUAUUAAAAGAUCGCAAGUAUAGCAUUCCACGGAAGAUCCAUCUAUGGAUGGAGGUAUUACUCGAUUCUCUUAUUCCAUCAUGCAUUCUUUUGUACCUGACAAUUAGCAUUCUAUGGGUUUUAUGGAAAGCCAAGCAGAGCCGGUCUUCACUACGUUUCCAUUCCUCUGUAUACCGACCCGGCGGGGUUCCAGACGCCUGUGAAAACGAGGGCCAAUCUGUGAGGCUUAAACUAAUCCAGUUGCGGCGGCGGAAGUUUCGGGGGCAGACGAGCAGGUUUAGCGUUGACUCCGCCUUUGAAAAGCUGGACCGGGAGAGCAGACGAACUUCGUGGCUCAUAUUCGCCGUGGCAUUCCUAUUAUCCACCCACGAGCUACCCAUGGCGCUAAUUAGAGCCUACAAACUCACAGUACACAUGCAUGAGACGCUUCCGUUGGUGUUUUUAGGCUGCUGGUCAGCCUUAUUCACAUUGUGGCAGAACACCAUAUAUCCGCUUACGUUUUUCAUAUACGCGCUGAUGAGUGCCAACUUCCGGUCAGAGAUUGUUCGAGCGAUUACCUGUAAAUGUCUGUUUUCCAGCGCGGAGUCGUCGGCAGGGAAUGAUCCGAGAGUGAAAAGGGUGUUAUUGAGCCCGUGUUUUGUAAGAAAGUCCCUAAACAGCGAACUAAGCAGGGCCAAUGAAGAAAGCUUUGGUGUGUAG